CCUCCGUCGAGAAACCCUAUCGCUCAUUUCACCUCGGGGGCUCUUCCCCAUGCUCCGGUCGAGCCCUUCCGCCAUGCUGGGGGGAGCAGAGACCGUCAGUUCCGGGAAGACUCGUGCAGAGACAACCACCAGCAGAGAACAGCAGACGGCGGACCGACUAUACCUGAUGGAGCUGCCAAAGGCUUUGUCUUCGGAAGCGUUGCUGAUGCUCAGGGAAGGCAUAAACAUGGCUCUCUCCAGGUGGUCCGCCCUCCAGAUGGCCGUCGAGAACGAGUGGGGCAGCCGCAACUCCCGAGACAUAGCGAAUAAGCUCUGCGAUGAUGUCUUCGUCUGGUUCACCCAUUCGAAAGAGCCGCUUUACAUUGAGGAUUUGGAUGAAAAGUUGGAUCAAGGCCUGCUGUCGCUCAAUACUGAAGCCGACGACGGCAGCAUUGGAGAGGUAGCGGAGAAAUUAAUGAUCUUGCACGAAGAAUGCAGCGAAGGAAAUUACAGCUCCAUCGAGAAGUUGAGGGAGGCGUGUGCUCACAGGAUGGUUCAUUCUCAUGUCAAACAGGCUCCCGAGCGAUCCUCGCAGGAAUGGUGGUGGACUCGACUGUUGAGCAGCUGAUCGAUAAGGAGAUCAACUCCAAAUUUGGGCAGAAAGAAGUAACCUUUUAAAGAUACUUGGGCUUAGAUCUCCAACAAGAAAGCAGUUUCGAUUACUCGACAAUACGGCUUGCUCCAUCACAAACCUGUUCCUUUCAUGAAUCAUAUGCAUUUUUUUUCCUUUCUUGCUUAGCUAAUAUUCAUGUUUGGUGAAGCUGUGUAAAUCUCGCGUGCAUUUUUGGCCAGUGUUCCCAAUAUAUGUUUGUAUAAGUUUGCAUCCGGAUAGAUCAAAUAGUUUGCAUUCCGUUGCACCGACGUUAAAUGAAACCUUUGAGCUGAUUAUUCUUCUAAAUUCGAGUUGCUUUGUCA